GCUUCCCGGUAACGCAAAUUAAUAUUUCAUGAGCACGGCGGGGUGAACUCAACACUUAAGGAAAGCAAUGACCCAGCAGGAGACAGGCGCAGUGGCUGCCAGCGCGGAGGAGGCAGAGCCAUGGCAUCGCUGCUGUGCAAUGCCCGCAUCCAGCUCACAGACACGCUGGAGCAGAUGCAGCAAGGGACGCUGAUGCGCAAAGUCAAGUCCAAGAGCUGGAAGAAGCAGCGUUACUUCAAGCUGCAGGAUGACUGCAUGACCAUCUGGUAUCAGUCCAAGAGGACAGGCAAAACUGAGUCUGCCUUCUCCAUCAGUGAUGUGGAGACAGUGCGGGAAGGGCACCAGUCGGAGGUGCUGCAGAGCCUGGCCGAGGAGUUCCCCCCCGAGCGCUGCUUCACUAUUGUCUUCUUUGGCCGCCGGGGCAACCUGGACCUCAUUGCCAGCUCGGCAGAGGAGGCGCAGUGCUGGGUCCAGGGCCUGCGCCAGCUCAUCGAGGUGGCCACCAGCAUGGACCAAAGGGAGAAGAUAGACCAGUGGAUUCGUGACUGGUUUCAGAAAGCCGAUAAGAAUAAGGAUGGGCGCAUGAACUUCAAGGAGGUGCAGCGUCUUCUCAAGAUGAUGAACGUGGACAUGAAUGAGGAUCAUGCCCUGCGGCUCUUCCAGGCUGCUGACAAGUCGGAGUCGGGGACGCUGGAAGGGGAGGAGUUCGUGCUCUUCUACAAGGCCCUCACGCAGCGUGAGGAGGUGCUGAGCCUCUUCCAGGACUUCUCUGAGGAUGGGAAGAAGCUGACGCUGCUGGAGCUGGUGGAUUUCCUGCGGCAGGAGCAGCUGGAGGAUGAGGGCACAGAGGAGCUGGCCAUGGAACUCAUUGACAAGUACGAACCGUCGGAGACAGCCCGGGCUCGCCACGCGCUGAGUGCUGAUGGGUUCCUCAUGUACCUCUGCUCCCCGGAGGGCUCCAUCUUCAACCCCCGGCACCGGGCGCUGUGGCAGGACAUGAGCCAGCCGCUCUGCCACUACUUCAUCUCCUCCUCCCACAACACCUACCUGAUAGAGGACCAGAUCCGGGGCCAGAGCAGCAUCGAGGGCUACAUCAGGGCUCUGAAACGGGGCUGCCGGUGCCUGGAGGUGGAUUGCUGGGACGGGCCGAACGGGGAGCCCAUGGUGUACCACGGCCACACCUUCACCUCCAAGAUCCCCUUCCGGGAGGUGGUGAGCACCCUGGGGAAGUACGCCUUCAAGACCUCGGACUACCCAGUGAUCCUGUCCCUGGAGAAUCACUGCAGCAUGGAGCAGCAGGAGGUCCUGGCCCAGCAGCUCAAGGCCAUCCUGGGGGAGCAGCUCCUCACUGCCACCACUGAUGGGCGCGUCCCCACCCAGCUCCCAUCCCCAGAGGAGCUGAAGCACAAGAUCCUGCUGAAGGGGAAGAAGAUCGGGCGGCUGGAGGACAUGCUGGACGGGCCAGGUGACGAGGCGCCCGAUGUGUCUGAUGAUGACAACGGGGCAGAAGCAGAGGAGAGGCGGAGGGUGAAGAAGGACAAGGAGAGCCUGGCGCAGGCGUUGUCUGACUGCAUCGUCUACUGCAAGAGCGUGUCCUUCCGGGGCUUCCAGGAGGCCCGCAGCCAUUCCCGGCCCUCCGAGAUCUCCUCCCUCGCUGAGGCCAAGGCCAGGAAGCUCAUCCGGGAUGCAGGGAAUGAGUUUGUCCGCCACAACACCUGGCAGCUGACACGUGUCUACCCCAGUGGGAUGCGGACUGACUCCUCCAACUACAGCCCCCAGGAGAUGUGGAACGUGGGGUGCCAGAUAGUGGCCCUGAACUUCCAGACGGCCGGCAUGGAGAUGGACCUGUGUGAUGGGCUCUUCAGCCAGAAUGGCCGCUGCGGCUACGUGCUCAAACCACCCUUCAUGAGGGAUGAGGAGACUCUCUUCAACCCCAGUGACCCCAGCAGCCGGGAGGGCCCUGGCCCCAUCACCCUGACGAUCCAGGUGAUCAGCGGGCAGCAGCUGCCCAAAGUGGCCAACAGCAAGGACGGAGCCGUCAUCGACCCGCUGGUGCGCGUGGAGAUCCAUGGGGUCCCGGCAGACCAGGCACACCAGGAGACCAAGUACAUUGAGAACAAUGGUGAGCCCCACGGUGGUACCAGGGACGCUGUUGCACCCAGGCAGCCCGUCCCUGCCCUCCCUCACCCUCCCAGCACCCGCUCUCCCUUCCCAGGGUUUAACCCCCGCUGGGAUGAGACACUCCAGUUCCAGCUCCACGUGCCUGAGCUGGCCCUUGUCCGCUUCGUGGUGGAGGAUUACGACAAGACCUCCAGGAACGACUUCGUGGGCCAGUUCACCUUAGCCUUUGCCAACAUCAAACCAGGCUACCGCCACAUCCAUCUCCUUUCCAAGGAUGGUACCAGCAUCCCACCCUCUUCGCUCUUCGUCCACAUCCACAUCACCGAGCCGCCCGGCCCGGAGCAGGACUGAGCCCACGGGGCGAGCAGGACCUGGAUGGAAGCCAUAGAGAUGGCCCCGAGCAGCUGGGGCCGCAGAGCCAACCGCAUCGCCCUCUUGUUGAGCUGUUUGCGUCAUCCCUGUGUCGUCGUCACUGCUGUGCCCCCAUUUGCAGCAGCCUCCAGGGGCUGGGAAAAGGCACUGACCUCCCCUUCCCAGGUUUGGGACGCUGCCUCCCAUGCAUGAGUGUGGGGUCUGCACUGGUGCAGCCCCCUGCCGCCCCCACAUGCAGCCCUCCCUGGCCCGCGGGCAGAGAGAUGGUACACAGCACCCCGGCUCUGCCGCAUGGGCUGGUCCCCCCCCGCCAGGGGAGCAAGGCUGGAGCCGAGCAAACCCCAGGGCUGAGCAGAGCUGGGAGAGGAGUCGGUCCUCACUGCCCCCAACCCUGCAGAGCCCCAUCACAGCCCCUGGAUCCUACAGCCCCCAGGGGUGCUCCUGGCCGGUGCCCGUUACUAACCCUUGCCGUGUCCUUUCUCUGUAAGCAACUUAAUAAAUUGUUCGGUG